GAGUUCCGCGUUGCAGCGGAUUUAAGUCCUGCAGCGUUUCCUCCAGCUUCCACUCACCAGGCUGCAGGGGAACCCUUCUGCCACCAUGUCCGACCAAGGGGGCUUCGACACCAACGUGGUCACCGUGACCCGCUUCCUCAUGGAGCAGGGCAGGAAGGCGAAAGGCACGGGGGAGCUGACCACGCUGCUCAACUCGAUGUGCACGGCGGUGAAGGCCAUCUCCAGCGCUGUGCGCAAAGCUGGCAUCGCUCACCUUUAUGGGAUUGCUGGCAGCACCAACGUGACCGGUGACCAGGUGAAGAAGCUGGACAUCCUGUCCAACGAUCUGGUCAUCAACAUGAUCAAGUCGUCCUUCACCUCCUGCGUGCUGGUGUCUGAGGAGAACGAGAAAGCCAUCAUUGUGGAUCCAGAAACCAGGGGUAAAUACAUCGUGUGCUUCGAUCCUCUGGACGGCUCCUCCAACAUCGACUGUCUCGUCUCCAUCGGAACCAUCUUUGCCAUUUAUAAAAAGACCACUGAUGACGAGCCCUGCGAGAAGGACGCUCUGCAGCCGGGCAGAAACCUGGUGGCUGCAGGCUACGCCCUCUAUGGCAGCGCCACCAUGGUGGUGCUCUCCACCGGCAACGGAGUCAACUGCUUCAUGCUCGACCCAGCGAUCGGUGAAUUCAUCCUGGUUGACAGGGACGUGAGGAUCAAGAAAAGGGGCAAGAUUUACAGCUUGAAUGAAGGUUAUUCAAAACACUUCAACCCUGCUGACACGGAGUACGUGCAGAUGAAGAAGUUCCCUAAGGAUGGCAGCGAGCCCUACAACGCCCGUUACAUUGGAUCCAUGGUGGCGGAUGUGCACCGAACGCUGAUGUAUGGAGGAAUCUUUUUAUACCCGGGAAAUGCCAAGAACCAAGAAGGAAAGCUGCGGCUGCUGUACGAAGGCAACCCCAUGGCCUUCAUCAUCGAGCAGGCGGGCGGCAUGGCCUCCACCGGCUACGAGAACAUCCUGGACAUCCAGCCUGUGAACAUCCACCAGCGCUCGCCCGUGGCCAUGGGCUCCUCCGAGGAUGUGUUGGAUUACAUCGCCGUCUGCCGGAAACACGCCAGGAAGUGAGACCACACCGAGUCGCUCAUAAGCCAAAAAGAAAGAAAGGGGACUCAGGCCUCAUAUUCAGCUUAAUGUGAAAUGUGUUUCGAAUGGUUUCUUAUGCAGAUGGGAGGGAGGGAGGGGGUUUAAAGACCAAAAAUGUGAAGAGAUUUCCUCGGGUUGGUAAAGGGGCUAAAUUUGAGUUUUCAUGCUUCUAUCUUUCAUGAGUAGAAGAAGGUGGACGGGAAGGAGGUGGUUCAGUAAAGCUGAAAACUUGUUCUUCAUAAGCUCUCACACACACAUGAACGCACACAUUCCACUGCAACUACAGGAGACCAAAAAUGUGCCAAAAACAAAAAAAACAAGCACUUUGAAUAAAAGGUAACCUGAAGACUUUCCCUCUCUGUUUACCUCCACAUGUGCCUUAAUUAGAAUGAAGAAACAUUCUACACGUGGCAAACGAAACCUCUAUGCAAUGAAACUUGAUGCCUUCAUUAUGUGAAGCAAUGACUGGAAUGAUGAAGUCUCAAUAAACCAAAAUGAACCUGCAGAGGACCA